GGAAGUUCUGCGGCUCCAUUUCACCAACCCCCUUUAGCUCUUACUUUAGGAUUGGUUACCCUUCGCAGAAGUUGGGAUUCAGGGGGCAUACGCCUCUUCAUCACACCAGCAGUGCCGGGUGGAAAUAACUCCAUCCAUCCCUUCUCUGGUUUUGUUGUCUUUUUCUCCUUUUUUUUUUCUUUUUUCUUUUUUUUUUUUUUCCUUUUCUCUGGUGGUGGUGGUACCCAAGUUUGGGGUUUUUUAGAAUCUCCUUUUUCCUUCUUUGUUUGGAUCUUAUAUUUCACAUGGACCCAUAUCUGGGCAUCUUCUUCCUCACUCCCUUCUUCCAGUCCUGCUGUGCCUGGUCAGUGAAUAAUUUCCUGAUGACGGGCCCCAAGGCCUAUCUCAUCUACUCCAGCAGCGUGGCAGCCGGGGCUCAGAGCGGCAUUGAGGAGUGCAAGUUCCAGUUCGCCUGGGAUCGCUGGAACUGCCCUGAGAGGGCACUGCAGCUUUCCAGCCAUGGUGGGCUGCGCAGUGCAAACCGAGAAACUGCUUUUGUCCAUGCCAUCAGCUCUGCGGGCGUCAUGUACACGCUGACCCGGAACUGCAGCCUGGGGGAUUUUGACAACUGUGGCUGUGAUGACUCCCGCAAUGGACAGCUGGGGGGGCAAGGCUGGCUGUGGGGAGGCUGCAGUGAUAAUGUGGGCUUUGGGGAAGCCAUUUCCAAGCAGUUUGUGGAUGCCCUGGAGACUGGACAAGAUGCCAGAGCUGCUAUGAACCUGCAUAACAACGAGGCAGGUAGAAAGGCUGUGAAAGGGACCAUGAAGCGGACUUGCAAAUGCCAUGGAGUGUCAGGGAGCUGCACCACCCAGACCUGCUGGCUACAGCUGCCCGAGUUUCGGGAGGUUGGCACUUACCUCAAGGAGAGGUACCACAAAGCCCUGAAGGUGGACUUGCUGCAGGGGGCAGGGAACAGUGCUGCUAACCGAGGUGCCAUCGCCGAGACCUUCAGCUCCAUCUCCAAGAAGGAGCUGGUUCAUUUAGAAGACUCUCCCGACUACUGCCUGGAGAACAAGACGCUGGGGCUGCUGGGCACAGAGGGCAGGGAGUGCCUGAAGAGGGGCAAGGCGCUCAGCAAGUGGGAGAAGCGGAGCUGCCGGCGGCUGUGCGGGGACUGCGGGCUGGCGGUGGAGGAGCGGCGAGCUGAGAUGGUGUCCAGCUGCAAUUGCAAGUUCCACUGGUGCUGCGCCGUGCGGUGCGAGCAGUGCCGCAAGAGGGUCACCAAGUACUUCUGCGUCCGCAAGGAGAAGCGGGAGCGGAGCGGGGGUGGCGGGGCCAGCCGCAAGCUCAAGAGAAAACUCUAACUUGCCUCUGCUCCUCCAUGGUCCUGUCUACCCCUCUCCUCUCCUGCCUUCCCCACCAGCCCCCGGCACCAGUUCCCUUUGGCUUAGUUUUGGCUAUUCCUAUUGCACCUCACGGGGGCUGGGGCAAGGCAAAAGGGCUUGCAUGAGGCCAUAGCCCUUGGCCAUACAGGGCAUUUCCCAUUAGUGCAGUGGGUGAUGACUUCUGGGAAGACCCUCAAAUGUUGACAAAACAAGGUGAGAUUUGGUCCCUUCAACUCAGAGUCACUCUAUCCAGUGAGUAUCGUUUUAUGACUGAAAACACAGCUGGUCUUGGUGGCUCCUGCUCUUUUGAGUUUGUCAGUUCCCCAGACAAGCACCUGCCCUGGGCUUUUGAGUGAGAUCAGCACUUAGGAAAGCACAAGGAAGCCGAGAUGGCAACUCAGAGUGGUAAUCCCUAAAACAGAAGCAGCAUCUAGUACCCCCCAAAAAGUAGAGGCACUCAGAUAAAAUUGUUAUUGUCCUUUAUUAAGCCCUACACUAUGAGAGAAAAGUACGAAGCUCCUUCCUGCAGUAAGCCAGCCUCCAGGAGGCCACAGCAUCGCUCCCCAUCCUUUGACAGCUUUGCUAAGCUCUCCAGUGCUUACUUUGCAUUUGAGAUGGCAACAGCAAGACUGAAGCUGCUGCUUCACCUGCCUAUUGAACUGUUAUCUGAAAAAGGAGUCCCAUCACUUGCUUUUUACACUCUGUAUCUUCUAAGCCUCCAGGUCUGGUCUCCCUUUUCACCCGUGCACCCCUGCCAAAGCCCUUGAUUGGCGCCAUAAAGAUGCCUUCACGCUUCUCCAGUCCCUUGUUCCUCCCAAAUCUCUCCCAGAGAGGAGCUGCCAGCUGAGUCCGUUCCCCGCCUCCUGGUGUACUUGCCAAGCACUCUUACCCUGUCAGCUAACUAACUAAAUACUUCCUCCUAGUCUGAGAAAAUAAUGUCAGUUACUAUUUAAUGGUGUUGUAAAUAGGAAAGUGAAGCACUUUGAAGUUUAAUUUAUUGCACAGUUACUGUGAUGUAUACAUAACAGUUUUUCCUCUACUGCUUAUUGUAUAUAUUCUAUAGGCUAAGCAAGCAGCAGAAAGAUUUGCUUGAUGCAUCUCUGUUCCCUUGCAACGGCUGGGGUAGGGAGGGAAGAAGCCAUCAGUGGCAGGGCCUGUGGAAGCUCACUGCACUGUCACAGUAAUCUCCCCCCGGGCUGUGAGGUUAUCAUCUACUUUGCUGUUUGAAGUGUCCUUUAGCCAGAUAAGAAGCCAGCAGAGCUAAGUUACUGGCCAUUAGACCUGUCUUGUAGCCAAUAUUUGUAAACCAAUAGCCAAUGCAAUAAAUCAGUAGCCAAGUGCUUGCAAAA